ACAAGGCAACUGCAUGGCAACAGUCGCAAUGGAGAAAGCACGCGACCACGGCUCCGCGAAGCAGGGCUCGAGCAACAAAGGAGUGGCCGUUGCGGCUGGGAACAAACGUGACUAUGAGACCUUCUCGGAGUGAGUAAUCUUUGCCCUGCGCCAGACACUCUCGCUAAUGUUAUGGUCAAGGAAUCUGCAAUCAUCCCGCCUCAUUGAGAUCUGGGUGGGAAACGCCAAAAAGCCUUUCCUAGUCCCACACAACCUCCUCAUCAGUCAAGCCCCGGAGUACUUCGCCAAAGCCUUGGAUCCAAACACCUUCAGCGAGGGCAAGGCAAGGAGAAUCGACUUCCCCGAAGACGAUGUCGAGAGCUGGCGAGUCUUUCUAUUCUGGCUCUUCAAUCGGGAGCUGCCAAAUUUCCCCAUCGAUGUCGAAACAGCCCAUGACCGCGGGGGAUCUAAGUUGUUUGUUCGGUGCUGGGCGCUCGGGGACAGAUACGCCGUCCCCGCGUUCCAGGACGAGAUCAUGCUUGCUCUAAUGGACAUGCUCAAGAAUUUCACCGUCAAUUGGCCACCGGUCAAACUGGCCUUCGAUAUCACGGCGCCAAACUCCCAGCUGCGAAGGAUCAUGGCCGAAGAGGCCGGGGAAAACAUGCAUAGGGGGCUGUGGAAAGAUGAGGACUUCAAGAAACUCGAUGGAGUUGAUUUCACGUACGAGUUCAUCAAAGCCCCGAAAGGCUCCAAGACCAAGGGGAACGAGCGAUGCAACCGGUUCAAACGCCAGAAGGGGGAGGGGGGCAAGUUCACGUAUCUGUGGAAGUCAUACAUGGUGGGCGAAGGGCCGAAGAAGCAUCGGAUCGUGGGUGACACAAUGUGAUGGUGUGCAGUGUGCAAAUAGCGAGCAACGUGGUCUGGUGGCGAGACGGAAAAUCGAGAGCGA